AUGAAGCAUCACGUCGUUUGUCUGGACGCCGCAGAGGCUACCUUCCCGGAUUUCGAUUUCCCGCAUACACGCAGUCUUUAUGAACGCACACAGCCACACGAGGUCGCAGAGCGUAUCAAAGAUGCAACGAUUGUCGUCACCAGCGUCGUGCCGAUUACUCCGGAUGACCUGGCCCAUGCAUGUCAUCUGCAAUGCGUUGCUAUCGCCGCGACCGGUUUUGAGUGGCUUGACCGCGCUGCAUUUGUCGAAAGACGCAUCACCGUCUUCAACUGCCCGCAAAGCAACGUUGAAGCCGUUGGGGAGCAUUUCCUGACGCUUUACUUCUCCGCCCGCCGAAAGGUCGUUGAGGUUCAUGCUGCGAUUAUGAGUUCGGAGAAGGACUGGAUUCGAGAGGGCUCUUUGACGCCUCGGUGGACACAGGGGCCGCCUUUGAGUUGCGAACAAGAGGUCCUGGGGAUCAUCGGGUACGGAGCCCUCGGGAAGAGAAUCGAAACUUUGGCGAGGGCCCUUGGCUUUGGCAAGGUCUUGAUUGCGGAUCGCAAGGGCGAAAGCAAACCCCGCGAAGGAAGAGCCUCUUUUGACGAUCUCAUCAAGAGAGCUACCACUAUUGUGGUUUGCUGCCCUAAGGACCCGGAAACUAUGUCCCUGAUCUCGGACUCGGAGUUUCAUUCAAUGAGAAAGGAGGCGCUUCUCGUGAAUCUAGCUAGAGGUGGCGUCGUUGACGAGCAGGCACUAGCAACUGCGUUGAAGGAGGAGAGAAUUUUCGGAGCCGCUGUGGAUGUUUUCGAAACGGAACCCGGUGGUGUGGGAACUACCCCUCUUAUCCCAGACAUUGCGAACGGGGAGACAGCUGUGCCGAACCUGACUUUGAGCAGUCAUGUUGCGUGGUUCUCACAGAAAACCAUCAAAAACUUGCAAGAUAUGCUUAAACUUGGUGUCGAGAGCUUCGUUGAGGAAAACAUCGACGAAGACCGCUGUAAGCGUCUGCUGGUAAUUCAAAAGGGAGAGGUGAGGAAGUAA